GGGCUGUGUAUUGCUUUUUCCAAAAUUGUAAACAGCCCAGCAUGCUGUCCUGAAAUGCCCUGGAGGGAGAAAACUGUUAAGGAAACAAAGCUGCCAAUUGUAGAAAAAUUUGAGUUUCCAUUUUCAGAAUUUGUCUGGUGCCCUGGACCGCAUCCAAGCCAUCACCUCAUCUUCUAGAUGAUGCACACCACUUUGGGUCAUCCUGAUUUAAAACCAAAGCAAGAAAACAGAAAAAUACCCGUUGCAGAGCAGUUCCUUGUUCUGGUGGCCAGCCAUUCGUCAGCUGCGGUAGCUCAGGUGUCUGUAAUAGCAGCAGCUGGUACUGAAUUGCUCCACCUCUGGCCUGGGCAGCUUUGGUACGCUGGGCUGCAAAUUUCCUUUGUGCUGAGACAUGAGCAGUGUUUUUAAGCUCAUUGAGCUCCAUUGUUAGUCAAAACAACCGAGAGAGAAUCCAGUAACCAAGUUAGCCUUCCUACUAUAGGUAGCAGAAUUAAUGCCCCUAUCUGCACUGCAUCUCUUUCUCUACUUAAAGGCUCUGAGUCCUUUUUUCCUUGCCCAUCUUGCAGAGCCAGGUAGUGGAGAGCAGUUCCUGCGUUCAGACUGGUUCAGGUUUCCAUGAAGAUAAAAGGUUGAAAUGUGGAUAGCCUGUUGGUAGCUUGGUGCUGGUUGUCAUCUGGAAGGUUCCUGCUGGUGUCUUCUCCCAGUAGUUGGUGUCACAUUGGCUGCCGAGAGUCAUGAAGGUUGUACCGGAGAAGAAUGCGGUCCGCAUCCUGUGGGGUAGGGAACGAGGUACCCAGGCACUGGGAGCUCAGCGGCUCCUGCAGGAGUUGGUGGAGGAUAAAACUCGAUGGAUGAAAUGGGAGGGCAAGAAAGUUGAGUUACCAGACAGUCCACGCUCCACCUUCUUGCUGGCGUUUAGUCCAGACAGGACCCUAAUGGCUUCCACACAUGUGAACCACAACAUCUACAUCACAGAGGUGAAAACGGGCAAGUGUGUUCAUUCUUUGGUUGGACAUCGCCGCACUCCCUGGUGUGUGACCUUCCAUCCCACCAUUCCAGGCCUCAUUGCUUCAGGAUGCCUAGAUGGGGAGGUUAGAAUUUGGGAUCUACAUGGUGGAAGUGAAAGCUGGUUCACGGAUAGCAACAAUGCCAUUGCAUCGCUCGCUUUUCAUCCUACGGCUCAGCUCUUGCUGAUUGCAACGGCCAAUGAGAUACAUUUCUGGGACUGGAGCCGAAGAGAGCCUUUUGCAGUGGUGAAAACAGCCAGCGAAAUGGAGCGGGUCCGGCUAGUACGGUUUGAUCCCUUGGGACACUACUUGCUCACGGCAAUUGUUAACCCUUCCAACCAGCAGAGCGACGAGGAAGUGGAAAUCUCCGUGGACAGCACAGAGAUGCCGCAUUAUCGCCAGCGCGCUAUCCUUCCCUCUCAGCCCGUGAGGCGCACACCUCUCCUCCACAACUUCCUGCAUAUGUUGUCCUCCCGCUCCUCUGGCAUACAGGUGGGAGAGCAAAACAGUGUUCAAGACUCUGCUACCCCAUCCCCUCCACCGCCUCCACCACCACCACCUCCGCCUCCAGCCAGUGAGAACACAAGGGCAUCUGUUUAUAACAGGCUCCGGGAGCGUGUCAGCUACCCCACAGCAGAGUGCUGCCAGCACUUGGGGAUGUUGUGCCUUUGCAGCCGAUGCUCUAGUGCAAGACUUCCGUCUUCUCUCUUCCCACACCAGGAAAACGCACCCUCCACGUCUUCUGGGGCCACUGGCACGUCCUUCUCCUCUGUGCAGACAGAGCCUUACCAGCCCCCAGAGCAGGCAUCUGUAGCACAGGAGGAGCAGGGGAUACUUAACAGGCCCUCUGCUUUCAGCACAGUUCAGAGCAGCGCUGCUGGCAACACCCUGCGCAACCUUAGCCUGGGCCCCACGCGGCGGUCCCUGAGCGGGCCCUUGGCAGGCCACCAGUCCCGCUACCAGCAGUCUGCAAGAGAGAUGGCUUCGGGCUUGGGCGGGUCUGACUGGUCCAGGACAGUGCUGAACAUGAGCUCCCGGUCAGAGCUGGAAGCCAUGCCUCCCCCUAGGACCAGUGCCUCCUCCGUGAGCUUGCUGUCGGUGCUGCGGCAGCAGGAGGGAGGUUCUCAGGCAUCGGUCUAUACCUCUGCAACAGAAGGGAGAGGCUUCCUAGCCCCAGGGGCUGAGGCGGACAGUGGUAGUGGCACUGGCCCGAGCAAUCCGGCCAGCAUCCGUAAUGAGCUCCAGUGUGAUUUGAGGCGAUUCUUCCUGGAAUAUGACCGACUUCAGGAGUUAGAUCAGGGAAUUGCUGGGGAGCCCAGCCAGUCUCAACAGGCUCAAGAAAUGCUCAACAACAACAUUGAGCCUGAUCGGCCUGGUCCCUCCCAUCAGCAGGCUCCACACAGCAGUGAAAACAAUUCCAAUUUGUCCCGGGGUCACCUGAACCGCUGUCGCGCUUGUCAUAACCUGCUGACCUUUAACAAUGACACGCUGCGCUGGGAAAGAAGCACGCCUAGCUACACAUCAGGGCAGGUCCAAAGCACAUUUGAGGGUGUGCCUCCAAAUACCAGCCAGGUGCAGCCUGCAGAGAGAACCGAGGGCAGAGCUCCUGCCUCUAGCAGGCUGCAGCUGGGCAGCUCUUCCACCCCGCAGGAGGAGAGGACCGUGGGAGUGGUCUUUAACCAGGAGACGGGGCACUGGGAGAGAGUUUACAGCCAGUCGGCUUCAAGCAGACCUGGGAAUGUAUCACAGGAGGCCUUAAACCAGGAAAUGCCUGAGGAAAGCUCAGAGGAGGAUUCACUCAGGAGGAGAUUGCUGGAGUCUUCCCUCAUUUCGUUAUCCCGCUAUGACGGAGCAGGGUCCCGGGAACAUCCAAUCUAUCCAGAUCCAGCCAGGUUAUCUCCUGCUGCAUAUUAUGCUCAGAGGAUGAUUCAGUAUCUUUCUCGGAGGGACAGUAUUCGACAGCGAUCCAUGCGAUACCAACAGAACCGUCUCCGCUCUUCCUCCUCCUCUUCUUCCACUUCGGAGAACUCAAGCCCAUCUGUAGAGGGAAAUGACCUGGAAUUUGAAGAUUUUGAAAGGGACAAUGGAGAUCGAUCCAGGCACCGAGCUCCCCGUAAUGCCCGCAUGUCUGCACCAUCGCUGGGGCGCUUUGUCCCAAGACGCUUCUUGCUGCCAGAGUACUUGCCUUAUGCUGGAAUUUUCCAUGAAAGGGGACAGCCUGGCUUGGCCACUCAUUCUUCUGUCAACAGGGUUUUGGCAGGUGCUGUGAUUGGAGACGGACAGUCAGCUGUGGCCAGCAACAUUGCCAACACAACCUACCGGCUCCAGUGGUGGGACUUCACGAAGUUUGACCUGCCAGAAAUCAGCAAUGCAUCCGUGAACGUGCUUGUUCAAAACUGCAAGAUUUACAAUGAUGCUAGCUGUGAUAUAUCUGCAGAUGGGCAGCUACUGGCAGCUUUCAUUCCCAGCAGCCAGCGAGGCUUCCCCGAUGAAGGAAUAUUGGCUGUGUAUUCUCUGGCACCCCAUAACUUGGGCGAGAUGCUUUAUACAAAACGAUUUGGCCCUAAUGCCAUUUCUGUGAGCCUGUCUCCAAUGGGCAGAUACGUAAUGGUGGGACUGGCUUCCCGGCGUAUCCUAUUGCACCCUUCCACAGAACAUAUGGUUGCUCAAGUCUUCAGGCUGCAACAGCCCCAUGGUGGAGAAACCUCUAUGAGGAGAGUUUUCAAUGUUCUGUACCCAAUGCCUGCUGACCAGAGAAGACACGUCAGCAUAAACUCUGCUCGCUGGCUACCUGAACCAGGCCUGGGAUUAGCAUAUGGCACCAACAAAGGGGAUCUGGUGAUUUGCCGACCAGAGGCCUUAAACUCUGGAGUUGAAUACCACUGGGACCAGCAGAAUGAGAAUGUCUUCACUGUGCAUUCCAGCAGCAGGAGCACUGAGAGGCCUGGAACGAGCAGAGCCACGUGGAGGACAGAUAGGGACAUGGGCCUGAUGAAUGCCAUAGGUCUACAACCCCGAAACCCCCCCACUUCUGUGACUUCACAGGGUACCCAGACCUUGGCGCCUCAGCUGCAGAAUGCCGAGACUCAGACAGAGAGGGAGGUACAGGAGCAGGAAUCCACCUCUGCAGGGACUGGGGAAGGUGAAGGUCCAGAAUAUGGGGCCAGUGGGGAGGACGCCGUGAGCAGGAUACAAAGGCUGAUGGCAGAAGGAGGCAUGACUGCCGUGGUCCAGCGGGAGCAGAGCACCACCAUGGCGUCCAUGGGUGGCUUUGGCAACAACAUCAUCGUGAGUCACCGGAUCCACCGCAGCUCUCAGACUGGUGCGGAGUCCACUGGAGCUGAGGGCACAUCAGCACAUCAGUCCACCUCGCAGCAGCUGGCAGCUGAGCUGGAGGGACAGAUCCUUUCAGAGUCUGUGCAGCUGUCAGAGCAUGGCCUGAGCCCGCGGACAUCCUCUGGUGGGAGUGAAGGACGAGGCACUGGUGAUCUGGACCUGCCGGAGCAGGCCCGGUCCUCCAUGGACACUGAGGGACCAAUCGAAUACAGUGACCUAACUAAUAAUAACCAUCUUCCUGACAGUACCAACUUCUAUAGUAAUGACAGCACCAGUGGGGAGUCGCGGAACAGGUAGAGAUGAGUUGUGUGUUGGUGCUACCCUUGUACUGCUCAGCAGAGACCUGUACCUCACAGCUGGCCAGAAGCUGGACGAGUAGGAACGUGUGGCUCCGACAGGAUGUUGGUAGUUCAGAGGGUUUCUAUGUCCUGGGUGAGUGGCAACGGGCAAGAACUGCAAGGAAGCCAUGGGCAUACUAUCUUAACUUCCAACAUUCCCGCUGCUGAAUAAUAACAGGAAUAUAAACAAUACUGGCUGCACCCCAUGCAGAUUUUGAAGUCAUGUGGGAUCCGCUGAGCUCAACCCUGCAGUUUGGUCAGUGCCAUUCUUUGUAAUGCUUCUUCCCUUUCCUCUUUCCUGCCCUUUUAUGCAUAGGGGCUGAUCAGCAGAGUGAAGGGAAACGGGCCUGCAGCAUCCUUCUGGAGACUGGCAGCCCUCCUGUGCAAACCUGGGCAUGAUGCUCCAGCGCGGCUGCUGGAGCAGAGGAGUCUUCCAGGACACAGUCCUGUGCUGUGGUCUUUUCUGGGAAGAGCUGGGAUUCAUCAAAACCUGCAUGGCUCAGGAACUGCUUACAAGUGGGGAUCUUUCCUCCUUAGAAUUAGGUUAGUACUUGUCAGGAACCUAAGCAGAGCUGCUAUAUAGAUGAGUAGAGGGACAGAGGCUGCUGCUCUCCAGUCAGGAUGCAGUUCACGCAAGGAUAUUCUAAGCUGUGCCAACAUUGACAUGAAUGAGCCAUCCCAGUGGUUUCAUGGUGCCAGGACUGAGCUGCACCUCCUUGGCAGGAGGCAGGAAACGUCUUUGAGCUCCAGGCCAGGGUGUGAGGUAUGGGUCUGUGAUGUAAGGUGUUGCAUGUGAAAUCUUGACCUUGUACAUGUAGUUUCUAGUGGAGAAAUCAAGGCUCUGAUAUUCUGUUUUUAGUCUCAAAUGUGAUUUUCCUUUUCGUUUGUAACUCUCCAUCCCUAGCAGGUUUGUGGAGGAAGGACGGGGAGAGAGUGAGUGCUAACGAGGGAAACACCAAAGAUCAAUGUCAUUAAAAUAUGACAAACCCUU